UCUUCUCAGCGUUUCCAAUUCCCAAAGUGAAACUCUGGUUAGGGUUCUCCGAGGAAGGAAUGCAACCAAGUUGUUAAACUGGGUAGAGUUUUUCACUGUCUCAGCUCAAAUUGGUUCUCAAGUCUCUCAUUCAGUUAUUACAAUUUUAGAUUUUGGGUUUCCUACUCUUUUGAGCUCCGAUUUAGGGUUUACUCGUCGUUUCCUAGUCCUUUUUAGCUUCGAUUUAGGGUUUUGUAGUUGUUUCCUUCUCCUGUUCAUCUUCGGAUUUGGGUUUACUCGUGUUUGCUUGUCCUUUCCGAGCUUCAAUUUUGGGUUUUUAAUCGUUUCCUUCUCCCUUUCGUGUGCUAUUUUGCUUAUCAAGCCACCGAUUUUGCGUUGCCUUACUAUAUAUAUAUAUACACCACCCAUUGCGCCACUUAUGUACAGUCGAUCAAAGUUGUAUAAUGUGGGAAAAAGGCUGGAGUUUUCCUUUUCUGAACUAACAUUGGUCUCCAUUUCUUAAGUUAAUGAAAUAUCUUUUGAAUCUAAUCGUCAUUUCGAUUUCAGUUGCCUAUAGAUCCAUAUUGCGUUUGCUCCACCAACUGGCAUUAGCAGCAUCGCCAAUUGUUAAUGUUAUAUUAGUCUAUACAAUGACGAUGAGCAGGAAACCCCUAGUUGGUUCUGGUGAUCCAAGUGAAACCAUGUCCCUAAUUGGUUGUGGUAAUAAAAGGAAAACUACGUCUUCUAUUACUGCAUCAACAUCAACAGUAAUUAAGAAGAAAAGAGUAUACCGAAAAAGGAAGCACAUUCAUCAUGAUCUAAUUAUGGAGCAAAUACUAACCAAGGUUCCAGUCAAGGAUCUGCUGCGGUGCGUUGCGGUUUCAAAAUCCUGGAACUGGUUGGUUACUGCAAUGGUUUCCCUUGCAUCUCAUCAUCCGGGGGUAUUUAUGCAGCUGAAUACGCAAUUCUGCAAAUAUACAGGGGUGAGAUUAUGUAUAUCACCUGCACACCCAUUGUUAAACAACGUAGGAACAAUGCCCAGAUCAUUUGUCACGGAUUUGGAUUUGAUUCCUUAGCAAAUGAGUACAAAUUGGUAAGUGUGUAUCGGACCUCUCAAAAGGAGCUUAACCUCAUUGUGUUUACAUUGGGAACUAAAUCAUGGAGAGAUGUCACUGCUGCAAGCACUCCCAUAUCAGUUCAUGGUCUUCCUAUUACGCGGGUAAGAGCAGCCACUGGUAAAGACAAACAGGCCAUCUUUUGUAGUAAUUAUGGUGGCGGAUGCUUGGUUUGGAAGAUAACUGUGGGAAAAGGAGGAGGAGGAGGCGGAGGAAGAGGAGGAGGAGGAGCUGAAGGUAACAACAAUGAAAUGGAGAUGUUGCUAUUGUUCAAUCUGCAUGAUGAGAAGUUUCAGUUCAUUCAAGUCCAAAGUAAAGGUACAACUGGCGAGGAGCAGAAGCAGUCACUUUUUGAUUAUCCCCAUCCCUUGGAGUUCAAAGGGUAUCCUUGUAUUGCACGUAUAGAAAAAUCAUCAGGGAAUAAUGGAAGUGAUUGUUAUAAUCCUGUCCGUCAUCAUCGUCAUGGCAGUGGUAGUUGCUGCUGCUGUUGUAAAGUUCAUUUGUACAUAUUCAAGGAUAAUGUCAAGCAAGUGUGGGUUAAGGAGGAGAGUUUGGAUGUUUGUGUGAAACCUUUGCAUCACGAUGAAUACUGGCCUAUUAUUUCCCACCAGGCACCAGAUCCCUGCUGUUUUUGUUUCGGCAGCACUACCACACCCCCAACUCGUAUAUUUAGUUUCUCUGAUCAGAUCUUUCUCUACUGGUUCAAUGGGAGACAUCUUCAGGUUUUCGACCUGCGUUCCAAAAAAUUACAGCUUGCAUCAGCUUAUUAUGCUCAUGAUGAUGGUUUAUUUAAAACUAAGAUGAAAGAACCCUCAGACACCCUUGAUGAUAGUGAUGAUAAUAUUUAUUGCUCCAGUAUGGAUUAUCAGCUGCACUGUCAGGGGGAGAACUUCCUUUCUCUGCAAUCCUUUGUACCUGAAGGAGUGGGAAGAAAUAUUCAGGUUUUGAAGAGUUAAAUUCAUUGAGAAGAAUUCCUCCAUAUUCAGCAUAUGUAUUCGUGGACAGAGGUUCAUGAGAUUAUUAUUCUUUUGUUGGCUAGUUAUUAUCAUACACAGUUCUGCUACCUAUGCGCGUAUCAAGUGACAAAUAUCUGUGUGACGUGAAAUAUUUCACAUGAUUGUUUAUUUUUAUCAGUUGAACCUGUGGUUUAUUGAAACAAUCAACAUGGCUGCUGUUCUCAAACUUUUUUGGGAGGUUUUGAAUGGCUCUUCUUUGCUUGGUAAAUUUAAAUUCAUUUUUUCUUA